AUGACUCAAACGGUUAUCAAUGAAAACACAUCCGUAAUGAAAGGCCAGACAUCACAUCCAUCACAGCCAACACAUCCAUCACAUCCACCGCUGACAUCGCAAUCGUCGCACACCAGACACUCGUCACCACAGUCUUCGACGCAGUCUUCAAGUCAUUCUUCAGCUCAAUCUUCAUCUCAUGGAUCAUCACAUUUGUCUCAUUCCUCGCCAGUGGUAUACACACCACGACUCAAGAAAGUGCUGAAGAGUUAUCAGGCGAGCGCUACGACGAGUCUGAAUGGCCCGGAUUGGCCGCAUCCACAGCCGCGCCCACAUCGGACGCCUUCAGUGUCUUCGCCGUCGUCCUCGUCGUCUUCGGCCUCAUCGCUGACAACCCCUCCGAUGACUGGUAUCUCAUUAUCAGGUAAUGAACCAAAAGGAAAGGCAAUCGAAAUGCUGUCCAAUCGAUUGAUGUCUAAAUCGGUAGAAGAGUCCAAUCGGUCGACAGUAGACUCAAAACGCUUUGUCGACACGUCUUCGCAGUCAUCGAAAAGUGGGAACCGAAGCAAAAACGGCACAAAAGGCAGUCAUGACCUCAAAGGCCACUCUUUUGACCCAUUCUUAGUUCCGCCGCCUUUUCCUAUACAACAGCCGCCACUCUUCACACCUCCCGAUCAGAACCGGUGCGAGAGAUCAGAGACUGUCUUAGAAAACGAAACCAUUUCUUGUUUUACUGUCGGCGGAGAGAAAAGGCUUUGUUUGCCGCAAAUCCUGACCACAGUUUUGCGUGAAUUUAGUCUUCAGCAGAUCAACAGCGUGUGCGAUGAGCUGCAGAUCUUCUGUUCGCGAUGUACUAACGAUCAGCUGGAAGUACUCAAAGCCACGGCUGUCAUCCCUGCGUCGGCGCCCAGUUGUGGUCUCAUCACCAAAACGGAUGCCGAGAGACUGUGUGCGGCCCUCCUGUACAGCAACCCUCCCAAGGCCUUCAUCAGUGCCAACGCUCUGAUGAAACAGUUGUUUACAUUCAAAGUAUAUCACGAAUGCUUUGGCAAAUGCAUCGGACUCUAUGUGCCGACCCUCUACUCCAACCCAUUCGCCACUUGCAUUGAAUGCCUUGAAUGUCACGGUCUGUUCGCGCCGCAGAAGUUUGUGUGCCAUUCACACCACUCCCGAGAGAACAGGACCUGUCACUGGGGCUUCGACUCCAGCAAUUGGAGGGCUUAUCUACUGCUCGCUAAAGACAAGCAACUGAAGAGUGCCACUCAUGACGGCGACGACCACGAGAUCGAAGGACAUCUCAACGAAAUGAAAGCGCGAUUUGAUUUCAAGAGAAAAAAUUCGGUCAGUUUUUGUGUUAUUCAAUGA